AUGAAGGAUAUCUACAAGGAAGAGAUUCUCGCCAUCCCCGAGGGUGUCAAGGUCGAUAUCAAGGCCCGCAUCGUCACUAUCACCGGCCCCCGCGGUGCUCUUACCAAGAACUUCCGUCACGCCGAUAUGGACAUUGUCAAGCUGGACACUGACCGUAUCCGCCUCGUCGUCUGGCACGGCAAGCGCAAGCACGUUGCUUGCCUCCGUACCAUCCGCUCCUUGAUCAACAACAUGAUCAUCGGUGUUACCAAGGGCUACGAGUACAAGAUGCGUUUCGUCUAUGCCCAUUUCCCCAUCAACGUCAUUAUUGCCGAUGAUGAGAAGUCGGUCGAGAUCCGCAACUUCUUAGGUCAGAAGAUUGUCAUGAAGGUUCCCAUGUUGGAGGGCGUUACCAUUUUCCACUCCAAGGACCAGAAGGAUGAGAUCACCUUGAUUGGUAACGAUCUUGCCAACGUUUCCCAGUCCGCUGCCAACAUUCAGCAGGCCACCACUGUCAAGAACAAGGAUAUCCGUAAGUUCUUGGAUGGUAUCUACGUCUCUCAGAAG